AUGGGUCAAGGAUAUUCUAUGGCCACGCUCUCGGCAGCGUCGGCCACUAUAGAUGUUCCUGAGCUGUCUGAUAUGACCCAAGACAAGGUUCUUGCUUCUUCCAGAUUCAUGAAAAGCAUCCGUGCCAGGAACCAGAAUGGCUUCAUCUUCGUGAAAGCUUUGAUGAAACCCUACUCCGCAUUCGAUGUUCGUGGAUAUGUCAAAAGGCUGAUCGACGAGCGAAAUAUUAUUGCAGCAAUUCCGAACGCUUUGGGCUACCAAAGAAUUGUUGAGGUCGCAACAGGUGGCUUUCUUGUCCGCCAAUACAUGUUCAGCUCUGUCUACGACCGACUGAGCACGAGGCCAUUUCUCGAAGAUAUUGAGAAACGCUGGCUCUCUUAUCAGCUCCUCUGCGCUGUCCGCGACUGUCAUGCACAAAAUCUACACCACGGCGACAUCAAGACCGAGAACUUGCUCGUCACCUCCUGGAAUUGGCUAUAUUUGACCGACUUUUCCUCCUCAUUCAAGCCUACUUCCCUUCCUGAAGACAACCCCGCCGACUUUUCCUUCUUUUUCGACACCUCGAGCCGUCGUGUAUGUUAUAUUGCUCCAGAACGUUUUCUGUCAGAAGCUUCUCAAGAUGUCGCUGAUGAGCUUAACUGGGCUAUGGAUAUGUUUAGUGUUGGGUGUGUCAUUGCAGAAAUGUUUCUCGAAGGCCCCAUCUUCACUCUCAGCCAACUCUUCAAGUACAGGUCAGGCGAUUAUAAUCCGGAACAUGCUCAUAUUAGCAAGAUCGAUGAUUCCGAGGUUCGAGCAAUGGUCCUGAACAUGAUCGAGCUUGAUCCGGAAAAACGUUAUAGUGCUGAACAACACUUGAGCUUUUACAAAUCGAAGAUAUUUCCAGAGUACUUCUACAGCUUCCUUCACGAUUACAUGAAGGACCUCACAGAUCCUGCCUCCCUGGACACUCAUAUCACCCUGAACGAGGACCUACUUCUUGAGUCUGAUCGGAAAAUUGAUAAGGUCUAUCAAGAUUAUGACAAGAUAUCGUACUUCUUAGGCUACCCAGAGACCUUGAUUACGAACGAGAAGUCACCCUCGCUCUUCAGUAAUAACAAGAGCAUACCACAUGAUCCAGGGAAGCACAUCGAUAAUGCUUUGCAUGAUGGGACUUUACUGUUUCUCACCAUUGUGUCAUCGGCAAUGCGAAACACAGCCAAAGCAUCUGCUAGACUGAAGGCUUGCGAUUUGCUUGCGUCUUUUGCUCAGAGAUUGCCCGAUGAAGCAAAGUUGGAUCGGAUCUUGCCUUAUGUGGUGGGUAUGCUUGGCGACAAGAGUGAUGCCGUCAAAUUUGCAGCUCUACACGCUACAACGUCAAUUCUCGCCUCCAUUAAAGUUGUGUCGCCAAUCAAUGCAUACCUCUUUCCCGAGUACAUCGUCCCAAGACUGCGGCAGUUUCUAAAUACUGGUAACGGUCAGCCCAGCCCUUUAGUACGCGCUGCAUAUGCAUCAUGCCUUGCCUCGAUCGCGUUGGCAUCAGGUCGAAUGCUAGACAUGAUGCAGGCUGUUCGCGCAGAUGGUAGGAUGCCGUCCGUGUCUGCAGACGCUAGGGCGCCUGACUCGCCUUCUCAUGGGUUGUACGAUAUAGCUCGAGCUGAACUUGUCCCGUUCUUCGAGGAAGCAACCAAAAUCUUGAUAACCGACCCUGACACGUCUGUACGUAGGGCACUCCUAGGCUCGAUCUCACGCCUUUGCAUGUUCUUUGAGAGCACAAAGUCGAGUGAUCUCAUACUAAGCCACUUGAACACUUACCUCAACGAAACAGAUUGGAUCUUGAAAUGUGCCUUCUACGACGCACUUGUCGGCGUGGCCACAUAUGUCGGGAUAUCAAGUCUGGAACAGUUUAUUGUGCCGAUCAUGAUCGGAUCGCUCACUGACGCGGAACAUUUUGUGGUUGAAAAGGUCAUUCGGUCUCUGGCAAGAAUGGCCGCCCUUGGUCUUUUCCAGAGGUCCGUCCUAUGGGAGCUUUCUGGAUUGAUUUCAAGGUACCUGGUACACCCUAGCAUCUGGAUCAGAGAGGCUGCUGCUCAGUUCGCCGAACAAGCGUGCAAAUUUCUCUCGACUGCGGAUCGUUAUUGUAUCGUGUUGCCCAUCCUUCAACCAUUUUUAAAGGCACCGCUACUCGAGUUCUCUGAAACAGGCAUCCUGGACAAGCUAAAAGCCCCAUUCUCUCGCGCAAUAUUUGAUGCCGCUGUGCUGUGGGCCACGAAGCGGGAGAGAAGCCUGUUCUGGACAGCUGCCAGUCAAGAUCAUAAUUACAUGAUAGCACGAUCGGACUCAUCGUUUGUAACAUCGAACUUCACUAAACGGUUCCCUCACCGCAUACCACCAUCUCAUAAAGACAGAGACGACCAACAAUCACUAGAGACAUUGAGGAAUUUCGGACUGACUCCUGAUGAUGAAGUCAAGCUCAUGGCUCUUCGUCAAUACAUUCUCAAGUAUUCUCAGCACAGAUUAGACGACGACGCGGAUGACAGGCAGCGAAUGCUGAACAAUAUAGUGUCGCUCUCCCAACUUGAUAUUACACCUCAGAAUGUCUUUUUCGAUACGGUUCAGCCGUACCGUCCAGCAAGGAAAGGAAAGACUCCGUCUAAAGUUGCAGACAAAGAGACAUCUCGCAGUAUUGCUGAUGCUUUGCUGGACGCGUCUGUCACUCUUGAUCAACAGCGACGUUCUGAUGACCCGCCGAGUCGAGAUUCGCGUGAUAAAGCACAGUCUUCCAAUGCACACGCCAGUGACGUGGAACAUUCCCCAGGUGACAGCGCAAUACUUUCAGCCAGAAAUGGUAGUUUCGAUAGACCAAACAUCAGAAUUGAAGGUCUGAAGGCUGAGCCUGCGAGAAGGUCGUCUUCUGUGGGAGGAAGACACGCCUUGCUUGAUGCUGAUCGUCUGUCAGUCGAUCGUCGAGGUUCGACAGAGGUCAAGCACAAAAACAGUCACUUCAACCUGCUCGGCCGUGCAGAAACUAUAAAAGCUAAUCCAGAAAUUUCAACUACGCAAGAAAACGCUUUCGGUAAACUUGACCGAUCCCCGUCAGACAUGAUCGGAGUCAAGGAAUCGUCUUUGACACGAAGCCUCAGUGCUAUGGAAAAGGCACGGUCCGGGUCUCCUGGAAGUCAGACGUCUGGCCUUGAAGGCUUCGAGGCUAAUCACUCAUACACUGGCAAGGAGCCUACAGUCUUGCGACUGUUAGGCAAUCAUCUGCACGAUAAUUUCCCUGUAGAUCUCUUCGACUUCGGAGCGCCCAGAAAUGCAAGCCAGAUCGAGACGCCCAUCAAAUCUGCAACGACGCCAUCGCCACCACAGACAGCUACUGCUCCUGCAUCGCAGAAUGGCAACAAACAUCCUUGGCAGCCUUCAGGCUUGUUGCUUGCUCAAUUGGUAGAGCAUACGGCCGCCAUUAACAAAGUUGUCGUCGCACCAGAUCACGCAUUCUUUGUCACAGCUUCCGACGACGGAUCUUGCAAGGUAUGGGACACGGCAAGGUUAGAAAAGAAUGUCUCUGCGCGAUCGCGUUAUACCCAUCAGCAUGCUGAUGGAACACGAGUCAAGUCGCUCUGCUUCAUCGAAGACACGCACACUUUUACCGAGUCAAACGACGUGACGAAAUUUAGUCGGCCAGUCCUAGUUAGAGAUUGGCAGAUACCUCAACAACUAGACACCACAAGCGGUGAGCUAGAUGGUGAAGUCGUUCAGAAGGAGUAUGCUGUAUGCAUGCACCACUUUCGAGAGCCCAAUUCACAGAGUAUCCUGCUCAUUGCCACUAGUCUCUGCAGAAUCCUGAUGGUUGAUAUGAAGAACAUGGAGAUUAUUCGUAGCAUGCACAACCCAUUUCAGCACGGCACGCCUACCACGUUCUGUAUCGACAAGAAACACCAUUGGUUGCUCCUUGGGACAAGUUACGGUAUCCUUGACCUGUGGGAUUUACGAUUCAAGCUCAGACUUCGCUCCUUUGGUAUUGGUGGCCAAGGUGCUGGUCAACGAGUCGAAAAACUCCUUCUACACCCUAGUCGUGGCCAUGGUAGAUGGGUGAUCGCUAGUUGUGGAGGCGAAAUCAGUAUCUGGGAUAUUGAGAAGCUGACAUGUAGGGAAGUGAUACGUCCUUCAUCAUUUCAGGACGACCCUAGCCGGAAGGUGAAGAACUACGAGCCGUGGUUUCCAGACGAGGAAAGCAGUGAAAGCUUGCUCAAGCGUUUCUCAACCAGGUUGGCGAGUGAUGAGGCUGUGGUUCAACCAUCUAUGACUUCAAAGGACGAUGAAAAGGUCGUUACAGGCGCAGGUGCAGAGGAAACCUCCGCCCUAGAAAGUGCUCAUUCUCAGAGUAUCACAUCACUGGCUGUAUUCACAGAUUAUAUCAUCAACCAAGCUCAGCCUGAAAACCCCAGCAAGGUAAGCCUGAUGCUCAGUGCUGGGCAAGACCGGACAGUGCGAUACUGGAACCUGGCAAACAUCGACCAAAGCACAAUCGUUAGUGGUCCCGUCGUUAAUGUCGUCGGCGAAGAAAACAAUACCAAAGCACGAUAUGAAACCAGCUGGCCUACAAGCAUGAGUCUAUCCGGACUCGUUCAGCUUGUCGAGGAAAAGCUCAGUGACACAAGUCAGAAUGACCUGAAGGACGGCGCAGGGAGUGCUAGGAACACUCCUAGGAAGAAGCGGGACGCGACCGCUAGAGGCGGUAAAAAUAAUGGAGACGCCGCUACUAAGGGUAGCACGAGCGGUAAGACACCUCGGAAUGCCAUCAUUAGUGCAGCGCAAGAGCAGUUACUUAAAACUCAUCUUGAUGAUAUCACGGACGUUUGUCUGCUGCGCAGGCCGUAUGGGUGUAUCGUUAGUGUUGAUAGAGGCGGAGCUAUCUUUGUGUUUCAUUGA